AUGAGUACUACCGUGGCAGAAGACGUCCACACCAUAUCCAAGAUCGCCAUAGGCAAGGCGCAAGCGGACUUGGAAGAGACGCCAACCGAACCCUUCCUGCCACCGCAGGCCAGCGGAUCGUACAAGGUAGAUGAGCGGGUUGUCGCAGCAUUCCCGAUUCCUGGAACUCAGGUAACAGAUGCAUACAACUACGGUGAAUCGCUGUGGGGCAAGACGGCCAAGAUCGUGGUGCGACUUCCAACGGGGGAGAAUGACAACUACUUUCUGAAGGUUGUAACCCUCGGAAAGAUAGGAAGGCAUAUGUGCGAAGGCGAAUACGAGUCGCUCAAAGCCAUAUAUGCCAUCUCGCCCUCGUUCGUACCCCAGCCAUAUGCCUGGGGCAAGAUCGAAGGGGCAGAAGAGACGUAUUUCUUACUUGCGGCUUUUAGAGAUGUAGGCGAACAGCCCGCAGAUCCGGUCAAGCUGGCUGCAGGACUCGCUGACAUGCAUCAACGAUCUGUCUCACCAGCUGGCAAAUUCGGAUUCCACUUCUCGACAUGCCACGCCCGGAUCGCUCAGGCUGUCGAUACUUGGGAAGACUCGUGGUGCACCCUAUAUGGCCGACAUCUAGGUCAUGUGAUGGAGCUGGCUAAGCCGAUCCUCAAUUGGCCUGAGUUUGACGUGGUAUGCGAUCUUACGCUCCAGAAGGUUGUGCCCCGUCUUUUGUUGCCGCUCCAAGCAGAAGGGCGUAUUCUGAAACCGUGUCUAAUCCAUGGUGACUGUUGGGAUGGGAACACCGCGAUGGACGCCAAAACGGGUGAGGCCUUCGUGUUCGAUGUCUGCUCCUUCUAUGGGCACAACGAAUAUGACACUGGUAAUUGGAGAGCGCCGCGUCAUCGUUUGAGCAGUAAGGCAUAUAUCCGGGCCUACAAGCGCAACUUCCCGGUUUCUGAACCGGUCGAGGACUGGGAUGCGCGCAACCUGCUAUACUCGUUAACAUUCAAUAUCGGCAACACGAUCUACAUCCCAGGAUCCCAGCAACGCGAUGUCGUGUACGAUGAUAUGACUACGCUGUGCAAGCUCUUCUGCCCAGAUGAUUUGAAAGUUGCGAUGGAUAAACUCGCGAGAGAAGCUGCUGGCGUCAAGAGCUUGCAAUCGGGUCGUGCAAGGAUUGAUGAGGUCGUCGACGAUACCGAGGCCGGUGCGCAGGAAGAAGAGGAGGAGGAGGAAGAAGAGUUGCCACUCUGAUGGAGGUCUUGCCGCACAUCUGCGCGCCGGUUUAUAUACAUUCCUCGCCCUGGGAUACUGUAUCGCAUGAGAGCUUCGUAUCGUAAUGAUUGAUGACGAUUCGAUG